AUCCUCGAGCAAAUUAAAGUCUGCCUCUGUUCUUGCUCUACUAUUUGUCUCUUCCUCUGUUAUCCUCUGCAAUCAGAAUCAGUUGUACACACUCACAUACCCACCCCUGUAGACUUUCUGGGUAGCUUGUGGGUCCCAGCUGGAAGUCACUCAGACUUGGCAAAGAAUCGUCUUCCUUCUCUGUUGAAUUCAACUCUGCUCUAGCAGUGCCAGUCUAGCUCUACUCAAGGGAUUAGGAGCAGAAAUCGGAGACUUGAGGGACUCACCUGCUACUCAAGAGUCAAGAGUCUACAUUAUCUUGGCUUCACCUCCACCUGUUAGUUGCUGAUCCAGGAGGAGGAGACGACAGCCAUGGCGACGGCGAAGCCCAUCCUGUACAACGCUUGGAUCAGCUCCUGCUCCCACCGUGUUCGCAUCGCGCUAAACCUCAAAGGUGUGGAUUACGAGUAUAAGUCGGUAAAUCCCAGGACAGAUCCAGAUUAUGAAAAAAUCAAUCCAAUCAAAUAUAUUCCAGCAUUAGUAGAUGGGGACAUAGUCGUUUCUGAUUCUCUCGCUAUCUCAUUGUAUUUGGAAGAUAAAUAUCCUGAGCAUCCUCUCCUGCCUAAAGAUCUCAAGAGGAAAGCUCUUAAUCUUCAGAUUGCAAACAUUGUUUGUUCAAGCAUUCAACCUCUUCAAGGCUAUGCCGUUAUUGGUCUGCAUGAGGGUAGGAUGAGCCCAGAUGAGGGCCUUCAUAUUGUUCAAACUUAUAUUGACAAGGGAUUCAGAGCGAUCGAAAAGCUCUUGGAAGGAUGUGAGAGUAAAUAUGCUACUGGAGAUGAUGUCCAAUUGGGAGAUGUGUUUCUUGAACCACAGAUACAUGCUGGCAUAAAUCGCUUCCAAAUCGAUAUGUCGAAGUACCCAAUCUUGGAGAGGCUCCAUGAUGCAUACAUGCAAAAUCCAGCAUUCGAAUCUGCGCUUCCCAAAAAUCAGCCAGACGCACCUUCAUCAUAAGCAUCAAGAUUGUCUGAAUAAUUUGCAUGUCCUUUUGUAAUAAUUUGGAUAGGGAGACACCGCUUCCUCCAUCCUGCAGUACUCUGAGUUAUAAUCUAGCUUACCCUUCUGUCAUGGCUCAAGAGUAAUUAAUUGACACUUUCCCUAAUGAUGCCCAUACUUUGUAUGAAGACCGAAUGCUUCUCAUUCUAAAUAUUAUGGAAAGUACGGUGAUUUUACAUGAGACUA